GAUUAGAAAUCAGCAUUUACGGAAUGUCAUGGUAUGGUAAUGGUGUCUAUCCUUUUGGUUUAAUAGAUAAAUGUACUUUACCAUGUAACGAAAAUGAUUGUAUGUUAUUCGAGGAUAUCUAUUGUAUUUUAAAAGAACUGGAGAACAAACUCUCAGAAAUCGAGAGUAUGGCGAAAAGAUUAAGUGGAUUGAAUGUCAAAGGGAAAAGAAGAAAUCGCGUAACUGAAAAUAUUCCCAUUCUAAACGUGAAAAGAACGCCUAAAUAA